UCUCUCCCAAUUGCAAAAACCUCCAUUGAAAUGCUAGCAAUUGAGUUCAAAAGAACCAAAGAAGAAGAAGAAGAAGAAGAAAAAAGGGUUAACAAAUGUCUGGCAUAUUCAGAUACAAAUCAAAGCUUCACAAUUUCACUUUCCGAACAUCUCUUUUUUCCCUAUCCUCUUCCAAAUAUCAUUCCACACCAAAACCCUCGCUCUUCGAGCGUUCUACAACAAUCCCCGUUUUUAAAUUCGAAGGUUCUAGAUUAGGGUUAGGGUUUAGGUAUAAAUGGGAAGGAAGCUCCGACAACUACGAUCAUAUAAAAUCGGAAGUGAACUGUCCACGCUGUUCGAAGAUGAUGACGGUGUUGUUCUCUAAUCGGCCGUUAUCGAUUACCGCCGGAGAGGUAGGCAUUUAUCAGGCGGUGAAUUUGUGUCCUCAUUGCCGGACGGCGUUUUACUUUAGGCCGUUUAAGUUGGAGCCUCUGCAAGGGAGUUUUAUUGAGAUUGGGAGGGUUAAGGGAGGUGAAAAGGAGGGGGGAGAUGAAAUGGCUGGGAGUUCUGGGAAGAGUGAUGGGAAGAUUUGGGAGAAGUUGAGGUCUUAUAGUGGGAGUAAUGGCUGUGAUGAGGGUGGUUGUGAAAAUGUAAUGAAGGAUUCGGAGGGGAGGAAGGAAGAAGGGUGUGGUGCAAGAGGGUGGGGAGGUGCUAAUUUGGGUAUAGAGCUGCUUACACCAAAGGAGAUAUGUAAAGGGCUUGAUCAGUUUGUUGUUGGGCAAGAGAGAGCUAAGAAGGUGCUUUCUGUUGCAGUUUACAACCAUUAUAAACGAAUAUAUCAUUCCUCUUUGAAUAAAAAGUCAGAUUCAGAUUCCGGUAAAGUUAGAGAUGAGCUGGAAAAUAUUGAUAAUGAUUCGGUCGAGUUAGAGAAGAGCAAUGUUUUACUGAUGGGCCCCACUGGCUCAGGGAAAACAUUACUUGCAAAGACUCUAGCUCGUCUCAUCAAUGUUCCUUUUGUAAUUGCGGACGCAACUACUUUAACACAGGCUGGUUAUGUGGGCGAGGAUGUGGAAUCUGUACUAUACAAAUUACUUGAGGCUGCUGACUUCGAUGUUGAAGCAGCUCAGCAAGGGGUUGUCUACAUAGAUGAAGUUGAUAAAAUAACCAAAAAGGCUGAGAGCCAGAACAUUGGGAGAGAUGUAUCUGGGGAGGGCGUCCAACAGGCACUGCUGAAGAUGCUUGAAGGAACUAUUGUAAGCGUACCUGACAAUAGAGCACGGAAGCAUCCACGCGGCGAUACUAUUCAGAUGGAUACUAAAGAUAUUCUUUUUAUCUGUGGUGGAGCUUUUGUUGGUUUAGAGAAGACAAUUUCAGAAAGACGACAAGAUUCUUCAAUUGGAUUUGGAGCACCUGUUCGGACUAACAUGAGAAUUGGUGGUCUAACUGAUGCUGUAGUCACAUCAUCACUGUUGGAAUCUGUAGAAAGUGAUGAUCUCACUGCAUAUGGACUCAUACCUGAAUUUGUGGGGCGGUUUCCAGUUUUAGUGAGUUUAUCUUCACUGGAUGAGGAUCAGCUUGUUCAGGUUCUCACAGAACCCAAAAAUGCUCUUUGCAAGCAAUACAAGCAAAUGUUCAACUUGAAUAAUGUCAAAUUACAGUUUACCGAGAAUGCACUUCGACUUAUUGCCAAGAAAGCCAUUGCCAAAAACACUGGUGCCCGAGGUUUAAGAUCCAUACUAGAAAGUAUACUGACUGAAGCCAUGUUUGAGGUUCCUGGAAGCAAGCCAGGCGAAGAAUCUGUAGAGGUCGUCUUGGUUGAUGAAGAGGCUGUCGGAACAGCUGAUAAAGCUGGAUGUGGAGCAAAAAUUCUUCGUGGUAGCAGUAGGGUGGAGAAUAUUUCCCAUCCUACUGGAUCAACAAUGUCAAUGGAAAAGAACGAAGCAACAAAAGAAGACUUGGAUUCAGAGUUUGAGGCUCCAGCAAGAGCCUUGAGCUUGUGAUUUCAGUGUCUGUUUCUUUUCAAUUUUCUUUUUUUGUGUGUGAUUUCUUGUAUAUAUAGUAAUUAUCAAACUUGCAAAGCUGGUUGGGGUUUCUUGUUCUAGAAAGAAGGUUUUUGUAAACCCAGAUUUUUGAAACUCCAAGUUGAGUUUUUAUACAAGUUACACAGCCUCUUCCCCUGGA